GUUACACCACGGCUGGUGAGAAAAGAGGCCGACUCACUCUCCUCCCACCCAUUAGUACAGUGAACCACUCAGGCGGUGGACAGGACGUAUCCCUGCCUGCUCAAACCCACGGGGAGAGGGAGACACGCAGGACCCAGUCUAGGACGUCUUUUCGCUUGAUCCGAAACCAUUCAGUCAGCUCGGUGCUUUCUCCUGUGUUUUCGUUGAAAAACUUCGGCUCAGUCAGCAUUUUACCGGCAUCUCUCCCCGCCUGUAUCUCAAACUGUGUCCCCGUUUGGGCUUGUCGGAGAGCUCAACUUUUCCCGAGCGGACGGAAAACAAAUGAAAGUGUCCUCAGACAGACAGGAGCAUUCGUAACCAGUGGGAUGUUAGCUGUGGCUGAGACAGCAGGAGCGACUGAAGGAGCAUGGUGAAACACCAACCCCUCCAAGUCUAUGAGCGUCAGCUGUGUUUGUCAUGUAUCACUGGGAUCUAUGGGUGCAGGUGGAAGCGCUAUCAGAGGUCACAUGAUGACACCACCAAGUGGGAGCUGCUGUGGUCUCUCAUCCUCCUCUUCACCUUCUCUCUGCUGCUCGUCUGGUCCUACUUCUGGUGGGAGGCAGACAACGACUACAACGAGUUCAACUGGUUCCUGUACAACCACUCAGGGGAGUGGACUGAUGGAACUGUUCCCAUCCUAGCCACAACUGCUGCUGGCUUCACCUACGUUGCAUUUUUAAUGGUUUUAGCACUUUGCCAUGUUGCACUUGGGCAACAGCUGAAUUUGCACUGGCUUCAUAAGAUAGGAGUAACUGCUGCUUUACUCACCACUGUUGUUGGGAUAAUAUCCAUCAGUCAGACCUGGGGACAAGAGUGGGAUGUCAUCCCCAUCUCCCUGCAGGCUACGGGUCCCUUCCUGCACGUUGGGGCCCUCGCUGCAGCCACAGCACUGUCGUGGAUUGUCGCUGGCCAAGUUGCCCGAGCAGAAAGAACAAUCUUUCAGGUGGUGGUUGUGCUGCUGUAUCUCAGUGUCUUACUGGGCCUCUAUGUUCUGCCACUUUAUAUUACGUCCCCCUGCAUCAUGGACCCCAGUACCCUUAAACCACGACCGGAGGUUUUUGGCCACCAGGGAGCCCCUGUGCUUGCUCCAGAAAACACGCUGUGGUCCUUCCAGCGAGCUCUCCAGAUGAACGUCACCGGACUGGAGGCUGACGUAACUAUAAGUGUGGAUGGCGUUCCUUUCCUGAUGCAUGACGUCACCCUGCGGAGAACCACAGACGUGGAAAAGGUUUUUCCAGACAGAGAGAGAAAUGAAGCAUCACAGUUUAACUGGACAGAUCUGCAGCAGCUCAACGCAGGACAGUGGUUCCUCAAGGAUGACCCCUUCUGGACUGUAAACACAAUGUCCGUACAGGAGAAGAACCUAACCGCCAAGCAGAGUGUGUGCAGCCUGGAGCAGCUUCUAAAGCUGGCCUCCUAUCACAACAGCACAGUGGUGUUCAGGUUGCGAAGGCCUCCUCCGGAGCACCCCUGCUACACCACAUGGAUCAAUGAUACGCUGGAAGCAGUACAGGAUUCUGGAGUUCUUCAAAACCUGGUGAUGUGGACUCCGGAUGACGAGAGAGCUCAGGUGAAACAGUCGGCACCUGGUUUCAUCCAGACCUCGCUGGUGAAACGCAGCCCAGAAUAUCUGCACAGGUCUGGCAUCAGCAGGCUGCUGCUUAGAUACAACCAAGUCAGCACCAGUGAAAUUAUAGAUUAUUCCAGAAACAACAUCAGCCUCACUCUGUACACUGUCAACGAGCCGUGGCUGUACUCAGUACUCUGGUGCAGCGGGGUGUCGUCUGUCUCCUCGGAGGUCCCGCAUAUCCUCAGGAAGGUGCCUUAUCCCACCUGGCUCUUGAUUUUCUACUGAUUCUACAUGUUUUGGCAGUAAUCAGGUCUGGGCGCAGCCCACGCCUGAUUGUUUUAAUAUCAAAUCCUUGUCUGAUAUUAGCAUUAGUUUGAUCUGUAGCUUUAGUGUGACACAAAGUAAAACCAGAAGUAAUUUGUAAAAGUUGAAACUUUAUUUCAUUUCACUGAUUUCAAAUCCAGGUCCAGAUCUACUGACUGGACCUCCUGGACUCCACACAUGGCUUCUUUCUAUAGAAACAUUUUGGUUAGAAAAAUAAUUGGCACCCUGUGGUCUAAAAUGCAUAAAAAGCCUUUGUGUGGUUUUUUUUUUUUUGUUUGUUUUAAAACAUUGAAAUCUUAGAAAAAUCCAAAUUAUUUUUGAAUAAACCUAUUCAGUGGGGAAAAAAUGUUCCAUUAAUCAACAGAACCCCUAACAAAUACUUUAAAAUAGGAACUUCUUGAUGAUCCAGAACACGAGACAGGGGGCCAAUUCAUUUUAGUCACUGGUCUCUAGGCUGGAGUAGGACACAUAUUUCUCCCACCACCAUACAGUGAGAUGAACAUGAGGAAAGGCACCUCAUGCCUGCUGGUAAGUACGGUGGAGGAUCUGUCAUGGUGCCGGCCUGUUUCUCUCUUAAAGGGAACCUUGUAACAGGACCCAGUGUGAGGGAGGAAAUACAAAUUUGAAAUCUUUUUGAUUUGAUUUAUUGAAUUGCCAACCAGUGGUUGUUGUUUGGUACAUCGACAGGAUUGAUAAUAUAGAACUAUUGAUUCAUGCACAUUACAUGUUUGCCAGGUAGCAUUGAUACAAAAUGUCAUUUCAGAUGCUUCUUCACAGUUUGAAGAAAAUGUACAACAUUAAUCAGAUGAAUCUUGCUGAAGUUCCCAAUCUUUUAAUGACACGUCUUUGUUUUUUUUAAACCUCUUUAUAUGAAGCCAAUCUAACAUACAACUUUCAGCUAAAAUUGCCCAGUUUGUUUAUUUCCUGCUCUCAGCAGGUAUCCUGUUACUUUACCAGUCAUUUAAUGUCCCAGAGAGGAGGGGUUUCUCACUGUAGUGAUCCCCCGUGCAGCUGGAUCAUUCAUCUACUGAACCUUCAUACACGAGUCCACUGAGCCUCAGCAGCACGGUUUCAUCCGGGUCCAUUAACGCAUGAUGUUUGACCAGUCUUUCCAUCUGUUCCAACAUUUGGACCCUUUGCAUGAAACCUUGUGGACAUGACCCCCAGCUUCCUGCUGUGGAGCUCGGGGAGAGUUUAGUCUGCCCAGGUUUUUGCAGGGCUCUCGGCUGGUUUCAACAGUUUUGGAUUCAAGUUUUUGAAUGUUUAUAAACUCUUCUAAACUUCUAAGACAUGCAGUGUGUUGCAAAAGUAUCAAUACCACAUUAACAUUUUCACCUUUUUACACAUUAAAACUACAAAUUUCAAUUCAUUUUAUAGUACUUUUAUGCAAUAGACCAACACAAAGUGGUGCAUAAUUGUGACAAAUUGUAAAGUAGAAGAAAAAGGCUGCAUUGUUUUCAAAAUUGUUUCUGAAUUAAAAUCUGAAAGUGUGAUGUGCUUUUGUAUGCAAUCCCCUUCACUCUGAUACCUCUAAAUAAAAUACUAUGCAACAA